UUCCUCAGCAGAGGCCCUGCAGGGCUGUGAGAAGACUGUAAAUGCUUUGACAAACAUACACACACGGGCAAUACACUGUGAGCGAAAUUCAAGGAGUUCCGUGAUGCACACCAAAUUCAAUAUACAGAAGACAAUAAGACCUCUCCUCUGCAUGGUGCCAGAUUAUCGUCGUCACCUCCAGUGUGUGAUCGGACCAGAACCAGCUCCUCAGCCGGUCGCCACCCGGCCUCCAGCACCUCUGUCACCCCACACAACCCUGACUACCUGAUCCAGCUUCCCAUGUAAACCGAGAGUGCCGACAGCCGAGAGCUCCGCACCGCUCUCCAUCUCUCCGCUCCGCACUGCGAUUCGGUGAGGUGACGGCUCUCCCGGCAGGACACUAAACCAGCUCAUCUCACCCCCCCUACCACACACACACACACACACACCUGGAAGGAACCGUCGGGGGCACGGAGACGCGUUUUCUGAGGAGAGAGACCCCCGAGCGCGGACGACAAAUGUUCGAGACCCGCGGCCGGUGCCCCCAGACCCGACGGGGAGGGAGACCAGCAGCGCAGUGAUGGGACAGUUUUCGGGAGGAUGCUACCUGAGUUUUGGCGUCCUGGUGCUUCUCGCCUCGCGGGUCCCGGCCACGUCAGCGAAAGGUCCCCGAGGUGAAUCCCUGCAGCAUGGCCAGUCGGGGACACUGCCCCACUUCCUGGAGGAGCCCGUCGAUGCUUACAUCGUCAAGAGCAACCCCAUCAAGCUCCGGUGUCAAGCUCGGCCCGCUCUUCAGAUCUUCUUCAAGUGCAACGGUGAAUGGGUCCACCAGAGCCAGCACAUGUCCCAGGAGCACACCGACAUGGGGACAGGGCUGAAGAUCCGAGAGGUGAUGAUCAACGUGUCACGUCAGCAGGUGGAGGACUUUCACGGCCCGGAGGAUUACUGGUGUCUGUGCGUCGCCUGGAGCCACCUGGGAACCUCCAAGAGCCGCAAGGCAACUGUCCGGAUCGCCUACCUGAGGAAGAACUUUGAGCAAGACCCCCAAGGCACCGAGGUGCCUCUGAAUGGCAUGAUUGUGUUGCACUGCCGUCCCCCAGAGGGAGUGCCUGUGGCUGAGGUGGAAUGGCUGAAAAAUGAAGAGCCCCUCGCCUCUGAAGGUGUCGCUGACACGAGAGGCGACCACAAUCUCAUCAUCUCCGAAGCCCGCCUCUCUGAUUCCGGAAACUAUACCUGCGUCGCCAGCAACAUCGUGGCGAAGAGACGCAGCGCCACUGCCACUGUUGUAGUCUACGUGAAUGGAGGCUGGUCAUCGUGGACGGACUGGUCCCCCUGCAACGUGCGCUGCGGUCGCGGCGUGCAGAAACGUUCUCGCACGUGCACAAAUCCGGCCCCUCUCAACGGGGGAGCCUUCUGCGAGGGCAUGUCGGUGCAGAAGAGCACCUGCAACACACUGUGUCCAGUGGACGGCGGCUGGGGAGAGUGGAGCGAGUGGUCGGUGUGCAGUUCGGACUGUGAGAGGCAGCGCAGCAGAGAGUGCACGGCGCCGGAGCCCAAACAUGGUGGGCGGCUGUGCGACGGCGUGGCGCUGGCUACAGACAACUGCACUGGCGGCCUCUGCACACAGAAUCGAAAGCUGCUACAUGAUGUGAAGCCACAGGGUGUGGAGAACAGCAGUGACGUGGCCUUGUAUUCAGGCCUCGCUGCGGGGGUGGUGACGGUGGUGCUUCUGAUCAUCGCUGUCACUCUUUACCGAAGGAGCCAGAGCGAGUACGGCGUUGAUGUCAUCGACUCCUCGGCCCUCACCGGGGGCUUCCAGUCCUUCAGCUUCAAGACCUCUCGUCAAGCAAACCCGCUGCUUAUUAAUUCAUCCAUGCAACCCGAUCUGACAGUGUCGCGUACCUACACCAGCCCCAUGUGUUUCCAGGACUCCAUCGACAAGGAGCUGAUGGCCGAGCGCUCGCUGCUCGACCCGUUGCCUGAUCUCAAGGUCAAAGGGGUGGCAGAGAGGGCAGAGUACCAUGUCAUGUCCCACCCUCAGACAUUUCCAAGGGGCCUGGCUCCCGACUACAGAGCGGUGGGGACGACGCUGGGCCGAAGAGGCAAAAACCUCUUCACUCCGCAGGUCUCUUUGACUCCCAGCAGGCCUCUCCACAAGGCAACUGCGGUGUUUGGUCAUGCUGGAGGGAGGCUGGUGGUGCCUAACACAGGUAUCAGUCUGUUGGUGCCUCACGGGGGGAUCGCAGAAGACACUACCUGGGAGAUGUACAUGAUCAUCAACCAGGAGGACAGCAGCACUGUGUCCGAGGAGGAGGCAGAGAUCUUUUUGAGCCCUGCAGUCACGUACGGCCCGCCAGGCCUUGACCUGUCCUGUCCCAUAGCCAUGACCAUAGCCCACUGCGCGGAGGUUGCUGCUGAUAAUUGGACCAUUCGGCUAAAGAGGCAAACGCAGGACAACAAGUGGGAGGAAGUGAUGUCAGUGGACGAGGAGAGCACGUCCUGCUACUGUCUGCUGGAGGCCCAGCGGUGCCACGUGUUGUUGGAGCAUCCGGGCCGCUACUCUCUGGUGGGGGAGCCGCUGAACCAGGAGGCAGCCAAGCGGCUGAGGCUGGCCGUGUUUGGUAGUCCGGAUACCAGCAACUCUCUGGGCUUCACCCUCAGGGUCUACUGUGUGGACGACACGCCCCAUGCAUUUCAGGAGGUGGCAGUGGGCGAGCGCAGCAGGGGCGGGCGGCUGCUGGAGGAGCCUAAAAUGAUGCUGUUCCGGGGGAACACCUUCAGCCUCCAGGUGUCCAUCCAGGACGUCCCACAGUUACUCUGGAGCAUCAAGCCUUUCACCACCUGCCAGGAGUUCUCCUUUUCUCAGGUGUGGGCCAGUAACCAGCGUCCCCUGCAGUGUGCCUUCUCUUUGGAGCGAUACAGCCACUCCUCGUCUCAGCUCUCCUGCAAGAUCAGCAUCCGACAGGUCAAAGGCGAGGAACAGAUACUCCAGGUCUACACGUCUGUGGUGGAGAAUGAAAAGGGAGUGGUUCCUUUUUUCACUCAGUCAGACUGCACCAUCACCUCUCAGACAGGGUCAAGGGCCUUUAAAAUCCCCCUGUCCAUCCGUCAGCGGAUCAGCGCCACCUUUGACACCGCCAAUGCCAAGGGGAAGGACUGGCAGCUCUUGGCUCAGAAGCUCCACAUUGACAGGAACCUGUGCUACUUUGCAUGUCAGGAGAGCCCAUCAUCAGUGAUUCUGAGCCUGUGGGAAGUCCAGCACCAGGACUCGGGGGACCUGGACUCACUGGCCAGUGCCCUUGAGGAAAUCAGCAAGGUCCAGUCCCCCAGGACCGCCACUCUUGGCUGCAGCAGAGAAGAGCGGGACUCAGAAUUCACAAAAGUUGGAUACCCGGACAUCAUUAUCUGGAGACACUUAGCCAACUCUCACUCCCGCCUCCUCGGUCUUUUUCUUCCCCGGCAGAGCCAGCAUCCACUUGAACAAAGACAUCCUGAUCAGUUGCUCCACCUGCCCCGUAAACUUAAUAAAGUGACUUUGUGUUGAACUCUGUGUUGGCUCUCUCUUUUCAUCUACUUAAUGAGGUUUUGAAAGGCCUGGCAGCCGACAGACUGUACAGUGUGGAGGAAUCAGCUGAAGUAAAUCUUCAAAUACUGUAUUCAGCCAAGAGAUGAAACAGAGGCCCAUACAAAGUCCAAUUUUCAGAGAUGUAAAUGAACUUCUGCACGUAAGCACUCGUUACAUUUGGCUCGGCGGAGCAUUGCUAAUAUACCGUGUGGAUGCUGCAUUGUGUUGCUGUUUGAGCUGCAUCAAAAGCCUCGGCACGAUUGUGGUAGUCACUUGUCCAAACUAUUCGUGGGACGACUUUUGACUUAACCAAGAGAGAUUUCCUUUCAACGUGCCUGUUACUCCAUUGCUUCUAACCCUUAACCUCAACCUUAACCCUCAAGGUAGCGUUUGAUUUAGAUGCCCGAGGCGUUAGAUGGAAGAUGAAAUCUCCUUUGUCCCAUGCAGGGACAGUUAAUCAGUUUCCCGAAGAAGUAAAAAUUAUACUCAUUACCUAGGUAUAAUUCAGUAUGUUUGGGGGAAAAGCUAUUUGUUUAAUUGCAGAGAGUUAGAUGAGAAGAUUGAGACCCCACCAAGUUCUGUCCAAAGUAGCGCUGCAACAAUUAAUCGAUUAUCUGUCAUCUUUUUUAACAAACGACAACACUCUGAUUCCAGCUUCUUAAAUGCGAAUAUUUUCCAGUUCAUUCACUCUUCUGUGACAGUUUACUGAAUAUCUUUGGGUUGUGGACAAAAUAAAUGAUCUGAGGAAGUCUUCUUGGGAAAUACUGAUCAACGUUUUUUGACGUUUUACAGACCUGACCUGUAAUUAACGGAUAAAUCAGCAAUAAAAAUAAUCAUUAGCUGGUCCAAAUGUAACAAAAUCCGCCAUCCAAAACAAUCAAACUCUCAAAUUGACAUGUGAUACCUUUGUUUGUUUAAUCUAGACAAAAACUGGUGAGAAAUAAUUCAAAUUUUCAGUUUUAUCUUGACUUUAGCAUGGGGCUAUAUCUUGGCUGGGCGCAUUGGUUCAUUGGUUGCUUCUAGUGUUAAUGCCAAGCUAAAGCUAAGCAGUCAGAUUUGGUAUCGGUCUCCUUUUCUGACUUCUUGCCUAAUCUUUCUGAAAAGUCAAACACUUCCUUUCAUGAGCCGAGACUCGCAGUUUCAUAUUCAAGCUGCAAAAUGAAAGGGAUGAAGAUUCAAGUGGGCUCAUGCUGGCUCUGCAGUGGAAAAGCAACUUCCUGCUGAGAUGCGUAUUUGAUGCCAUGGUCGGAACUCCUGAAAAAUCUGUUUUUCAGUGAGCUGUGACUGCCAGAACAGUCAAACCUAUCAGCAGGUCCUUUGUGUCAUUCUUCCUAUAUGGAUCAAAGAACACCAUAUGCAAAACAGAAAAACGCUUAAUAGGGAUUCCUCACUAUCAGCUGAAAAGGUCACUGUGUAUAAAGGUCAAAGCUCGGAGUACUCAGGGAGGAAACGCUCUCUAGACUCACAUGCUGAGUUAGAUCUAAACCUCCACUAAGCCUGUAAAAUACAGAUUAGAUUGCAGGGAAGUCUCAAUAAAAAUUACAUUAGAAGUGUUUGAAGUAACUGUUGGCGCAACUGAUGAUUGUCUGUUGAUUAUUUUCUCCGUUAAUCGAUCCAUUGAAGGCACUCAAAAAUGUUCCCAAAACAGUAACUUGAAGUAUUCUGACUAAAUGUCAAUCUUCCAUCUGAUUUUAUUACAUAAGUUGAAUGUAAAAUGUCACAUUUAAGGCAAAGUUUUCCUGUCAUGUUGAGUCAAAGUGAGAGUGAUUAAAUAUUAAACACAGACUUUUACACAAACCUCGAGUUUAUUCAGUUAUUACCUAUGAAGGUAAGGGGAUCAUCUGCAUAAAAAAGUGUUUUUCAAUCAUUUACUAUUCGAGUAUUACACAUAAAUCUGUUUAAUACUUUAAUUUGUUUCCUGUAAUAAAUCACACACCUAUUCAUUUAAUUGAUUGACAUUGACUCAACAUGAAAGAAAGAUAUUCAUCAAAUUUGACCCUUUACAUUGAACACAUUUGAAAGACUUUCUUGUCAUGAACAUACUUAAUGUCACUGUUUUAUUUGUUUGAGUAUCAGAAAAUACUGAACAAUGUCCAUUACAGCUUCACCUUUACAGCUUCAUAUGAAUCUAUAAAGGUGUUUAUAGACACUUCAAGUGUAAACCAAAGUGAUAUGGACCCAUUGUAAUGUUGUGAGCCUCCAGAUUCGAGAGAAAUGUUACGUUUUGAAGUGUUUUGUCAAAGUUACAUGAAACUGUUAAACCGUAUUUCUGUGGCCAGAGUUUAUAAAGGACACCAGCAUGUA